UGGAAUUUGUCUUCAUAUCCUCAGGGCGACUACGUAAAAUAUCUCAAAGAGUAGAAUUCGGUGUCGCCUUCCACAGUAGGGGAUUUCAAAGUAGGACGUCGUCAUGCUGGGUAUGGUAGAAAUAAUGACAUUUAGUUAUGGGACCGUAUGGGGAAAUGGAUGUCGCAAGAGAAUGUAGAUGUAUAUUAAUACAUUAAUAUGGAGAAUAUUCCACCACAACCCGUGAUUCUGCCCAGAUCGAAGUCCUCCGCAUGCUUACUUUGGCACCACGGCUGUUCCAAUCCAAAAAGCCAUUAUAUCCAAAUCAAAGAAUACAGAUUAUGGAUAAAUCGAUGCACGAUAUUAUUGCACCCAGUCAAAAUUAAUUAUUGUUCUAUUAUUCUACAGCCCACACCGGCAAUCCACUUCAAUGCUUCCCGCUCAAUUCGCACAAGCACCGACUUGAGCCACUAUUGUUACUCUCCCAACAGACUGCAAUUCCCUCUCUACCUAUUGUCUACGCGUCAUUAGUAGUGUGCGCACGUUGACAUCACGGGACGGCAAUCACGCCAAUAAACACCCCAGACUCGAUACAUCCACCACGUCCACCCCACCACCA